AUGAGACCCUACUUAUGGUACAGAGAUAAGGAUAGUUUGAGCUUGGGUGGAGUUUGCCGUUAUAAUAUAAUAUAUACUCUGGUAGAUCCAGAUAAAAAGGAAAUAUAUUACCGCCUUAAAAACAUUGAAAGGGCGUCCAUACGAGCAAUUCAUUUAUUAAAUGGACCCUUUAUUUUAUAUUGUCAUGUAAUACCGCAUAAUUAUGACCACCUUAAAGAAUUUAAUCCAAGUGAUUCGAAAGACAACAAGGAAGUGAUAUUUGAAAAUGAAGUAAAACCUGGUCAAACCUUCAAUGUAAAGCUAAAGUUAAAUGAAAAUUCGUAUGUAAAAGACUCGGAAGAAGGGUUCCCCGUGUACCUGUGGUCCAUAGAUGUGGUUUCACAGAUUGUUGUAACUACGAAGACUGUUAUAAUGUAUGAUUUUAUGAUUGGAGAUGAUUUUAAAGGUAUGAAAAAAAUAAAUCAUGGGCCAUUUCCUAACUCAUUGACUAAUACGAGUCAUAAUGGUUCGGACGAUUAUAAAGAUAAAGAAACUCCUUUAGGUGUAUCGACGAAUCCACAGUUAAGUGUAUUGAAGCAAAGCACUAAGGAUUUGUGGACAAAUCAGCCAAAAAAUCCUCAAAUGCCUGUGCAUUUGAUAAUACUUACGCAUGGUAUAUUCUCAAAUGUAACAGCAGACAUGCUACACAUGAAAGAUUCAUUAGAAUCUAGUGUUAAGGAAAACAUUCUCGUUAGAGGGUAUGAAGGAAACGCAGGUAGAAGUGAAAAGGGGAUUAAGAAAUUGGGAAUGCGAUUGUCGAAAUAUAUAAUUCAUUUAAUUGAAGAUUUAAAUGAUUUAGAUAUUCAAAUAGAUAAGAUUUCAUUCAUUGGCCACUCACUCGGGGGAUUGGUUCAAUUGUAUGCUAUUAAAGAAAUAUUAGUAACUAGAGGAGAGGAUUAUUUCCUGAAAAAGAAUAUAAAACCACAAAAUUUAAUAUGCAUGGCUAGUCCUUUAUUAGGGAUUUUAAGCGAAAUGAAUAUUUUGAUAUCAUGGUUUCUAGAUUUAGGAACAUUGGGCAAAACCGGACGAGAUUUAACAUUGCUGAAAAAAAUUCCAAAUCUUAAGCAACUUGCAAAUAAGAAUGAUAUGCACAAAAGAGAUACAUUUAGGCCUCUACUAGAAAUGUUGCCCGAUGAUCCCUUGCAAGAAUUUUUAAGUAAAUUCGAACAUUUAACACUUUAUGCUAAUGCUAUAAAUGAUGGUAUAGUUCCGCUUAGAACCAGUGGAUUGUUGUAUCUUGAUUAUGAAGCAUUGGGUAAUGUCGGAAAGUUGCAACAUGAUAAGAGUAAAAAAUUAGAGAACUAUGAUCAUGAUGAUAUCCGGCUGAUUGAAACCAAUACUACUAAAGAAUCUGUAGGUGAGAUUCCAGCUGAUAAAUCUGAGGAAUACGAUGCCAAUAGCGAUACAAGAGACAGAAAGAAGAGCCAUAGACAAUUUUUAUCUUUGAAUUCGAGUACAAACAAACGUAAUAAACAUCUGGCUAGAAAGAGGCUAAAUAGGAAACAAAGAAAUAUAUUAAGAAUUAAUGCAAAAGGAAGUGAUUUGCUCGAUUACGACAGUGAAACUGAUGAUUCAGUUACUCCUAGUCUGAACAACGAAACAUCCAUUCAUUCCCCAGGAAGAAAAGGAAAAGAUGUACUUCAAUCAGAAUCGGAUGAACGAGCUGAGUUGAAUUUACCGCCAAAAGCAUCUUCCCUUGAAUCUGCUUUAAGUACAAUAUUUUGUCCUACACCAUCCAACAACUAUAUAAUCAAUCCGGGUUCUAGAAAUCCGGUAAUUUUUCAUGACAAGUACUACCAAUUUGAGGGUUUGCCUAUUGGACCUGAAGAAGAGCAUGAGCGGUCUAAAACUUCCAAGUUGGGGAAAGUUUUAUUUAAUUAUAAUGACUGGAAGCUAGAUAAGCAAGUGAAAAUUGCUAAAAAAUAUCAUACUCCAAAGUUAAAUUGGAGGAAGAUUUUAGUCAAUCUACCGCCUGAUGCUCAUAAUAAUAUAGUUGUGAGAAGGAAAUUUUCGAAUGGUUAUGGCUGGGGAGUCAUUGAUCAUUUGUGCAAAGAAUUAUUCGAUACUGACAUUCAACAUCUAGAUAAUGUCGGUACUAUCGAUCCAAAAAUGAAGGCUAAGAUUUAG